AUGACGCCAUCCAGAAGAGGAGGAUAUCGAAAUGAGAGCAAUCCUGAAAGAAGAGGAUUAUUACAGCAGAUUAUACAAGGUUUGCGGCGUAGAAUAGAAGGGGAAGCAGAAACACGCAGAUUCAACGAAGAGGAACGCCUCCUCCGAAUAGAGCGAGCAGAACUGAGAAGCAGGAUUGAAGAGAUAAUAAGGAGGCUGCAAACAAUAAAUGAAGGCCUCCUCCGUAGUUUGAAUUCUCCCUCAAUUACACAUCAACCUGAAGGUAUAUCUCAACAGAUGGAGAGGGAGGGAAGGGAGUUGAUAAGUGCGCUUGAAACCAUAAAACUCUCUCUUCUUCACAUUAGUAAUGUUCCGCUUUGUGCAAUUUGUAUGAUUGAAUUUCAUGUAGGGGAAGAAGCCUGCCAAAUGUUCUGUCAUAAAAAUCAUAUUUUCCACCACGACUGUCUUCGCCGAUGGUUAGAGAGGAAGAAAGAGUGCCCACUAUGUAAGACGCCUGUGCCUUACCCAUAUCACCAACCAUCUCCACCUUCAUCAUCACCAUCAAGUUAG